AUGUGUGGCAUUAUCGCUCUGAUUCAGGCGAAUCCGUCGUCUUCCGCGGCCAUUGACCUUCACGAGGCCCUCUACCUCCUACAACAUCGAGGUCAAGAUGCCGCAGGAAUUGCGACAUGCGCUGCGGGCGGUCGUAUCUUCCAGCUCAAGGCCAACGGUAUGGCCGCCAAGGUGUUCCAAGACGGCUCCAGAGUGGCAGACCUUCCAGGCUCCAUGGGUAUCGGCCAUUUAAGAUACCCUACGGCCGGAAGCAGCGCAAACGCGGAGGCCCAGCCCUUCUACGUCAAUAGUCCGUACGGCAUUUGCCUUGCCCACAAUGGCAACCUGAUUAAUGCGCCCGAGUUGAAGAGAUACCUGGAUCUCGAGGCCCACCGUCACAUCAACACCGAUAGUGACAGUGAGCUGAUGCUCAACGUCUUUGCUGAUGAGUUGAGUGAAACCAAGAAGGCCCGUGUCAACCAGGAGGACGUCUUUGCCGCUUUGAGCAGGAUGUACCAACGGUGCGAAGGUGGUUGGGCCUGCACUGCCCUGCUGGCUGGCUUUGGUAUCUUGGGCUUCCGUGACUCUUACGGUAUCCGUCCUCUUGUCCUUGGCGAACGGCCUUCCUUGGACGGUCCUGGAACGGACUACAUGAUGGCCUCCGAAUCCGUGGCUUUGCACCAGCUUGGUUUCACCAAUAUCCGUGAUAUCCAGCCCGGUGAGGCCGUUCUGAUCGAAAAGGGUGGCAAACCUGUCUUCCGUCAAGUGGCUCCUCGCAAGGCCUAUGCCCCCGAUAUUUUCGAAUUUGUGUACUUUGCCCGCCCUGAUUCCGUCAUUGAUGGCAUCAGCGUCUACCGCAGCCGUCAAAGGAUGGGUGACCGCCUUGCUGCAAGGGUUCUCGAUGUCCUCGGACCCGAAGUCGUCAAGGAUAUCGAUGUUGUCAUUCCUAUUCCCGAGACAUCCACCACAUCAGCUUUCUCCGUCGCUCGUUACCUCGAUAAGCCUUACUGCCAGGGCUUUGUUAAGAACCGUUACGUCUUCCGUACGUUCAUCAUGCCUGAGCAGAAAACCCGUCAAAAGGGUGUUCGCCGCAAGUUGAAUGCUAUGCAAGCUGAGUUCAAGGACCGAAAUGUCCUUUUGGUCGACGACAGCAUUGUUCGUGGAACAACAAGUCGGGAAAUCGUUACAAUGGCUCGGGAAGCUGGUGCGAAGAAGGUCUACUUUGCCAGUUGCUCUCCUGAAAUCACCCACGCUCACAUUUACGGUAUUGAUCUCGCAUCCCCCACCGAGCUGGUUGCCCAUAACCGGACCCCGGAGUCUAUCGCUAAGCACAUCGGCGCCGACAGCGUCAUCUAUCAGACUUUGGAUGACCUGAAGGGAUCUUGUGCUGAGAUUGCCCAAGAAAACGGAUUACAGGAGCCCCGCGACUUUGAAGUCGGCGUGUUCUGUGGUAACUACGUCACUCCUGUUGCAGAUGGAUACUUCGAUCAUCUGGAGAAAGUCCGAGGUGAAGGCCGCAAGAUCAAGGCGCUAGAUCGGGCCAAGGAAGCCGUCACACACGGCUUCGCCAGCGAAACCGAUUUCCAAAUCGCUGCAAACGGUGUCAAGGUCGCUAGCAAUGGCGAUAUUGUUCCUGCUGCGAACCCCAGCGAAUCGGAGGUGCCCCAAGUCAGUGUCUACGCUGCCACCAAGGAGUACCCCACCGAGGAAGAGCCUCCUAAGGCUGCAUUGCUCGCAGCAGAAGUACAACAGAUAUACCCUCAACCCCCCGAUGUCGAGAGUGAGAGCAUUUCGUCCCGAAUAUCCGGGAGGGUGACACGUUUGAGAAAUUCCCCACGAGAAAAGAAGCGUCUGUCAUCCAAGGUCACUGGCGAUCUCAGCCCUCCUCAGAAGAAGCAAAGGACCAAAGCCAAAAUUCUUAAAUCUAGCAAUCUGGACGAGCUCCCUCAUAAUCUUGGUUCCAGCUCCAGAGGGUCGGUCUCCACGAUAAAGAAAGAAGAGUUAGUAGAUGUCCUUGCCCAGGAACUACAAAAGACUGUUGUUAGCAAAGCUACAGAAAUACAUAUAGAGCCAGGCUCAGACGAAAAGAAGAAAUCAAAGAAACCCAAUACCUAUGGCCUCACACCUGGCGUUACUCCAUUUCCUACCUGGGCUCAUCCCACGCCAGAGGAAUGCGAAGAGGUCAAUAGGCUGUUGUCAAGCCUUCAUGGGGAUAUUGUUCCUCCCACUACGAUUCCUGAGCCAUCGCUUACUGUGACCGGCUGUGGGGAGGUCCCCUCUGUUCUUGAUGCGCUGAUACGCACUUUACUCAGUGGUGCCACGACGGGGAAAAACUCCGCUAUGGCGUUUAAUGGGCUGGUCCAGAGAUUUGGCAUCCUUGAAGAAGGGAUCGGCAGGGGGAGUGUGAAUUGGGAUGCUGUCCGUCGGGCCUCUGUGAAAGAUGUCUUCGAAGCCAUCAAGCGUGGUGGGUUGGCGGAUAUCAAAAGCAAAAACCUCAAGGCAAUAUUAGAUAUGGUCCAUGAGGAGAAUCAGCAACGAAGAAAUGCGCUGGGCAAGGGUGAAGACGACAGACCGUCCAAUUUGGUCGACAAACAGUACGAAAUUACUUGCGCUGACCCACAUGUGCUAUCCCUCAACCAUCUUCACUCACUCGGCACAGACCAAGUUAUGACAGAACUGGUGAGAUUCCCUGGGAUUGGGCCCAAGACUGCAGCGUGCGUGCUUCUUUUCUGUCUCCGGCGGCCAUGCUUUGCUGUCGAUACCCACAUUUUUCGCAUCUGCAGGUGGCUCAACUGGGUACCACCAGCUAAGGCUACAGAAAUCACGGCUUUCAGUCACCUCGAGGUCCGGAUUCCCGAUCAUCUGAAAUACUCUCUCCACCAGCUCUUUAUCCGCCAUGGAAAGUCGUGUCCACGCUGUCGGGCGAUCACCGGGCAAACCUCUGCUGGUUGGGAGGAUGGCUGUGUGAUUGACCACCUGGUCAAACGAACAGGAAAGAGAAAGGGUGGGUUGUAG